AUGGCGUGGCGGAAGAGUGACAAAUUGAUGGACACCAUCAGCCACUAUGCGAGUUUCCCCGCGACUGGUGUCAGCUUGCGCCAGAUGGUCCAAUUUGGCGAGAAGCCCUCUACCGGAACCCUGUUCCGGGCCUCGCAGUUUCUCGCCGAGGAGCUUCCCAUCCGCCUCGCCCACCGCGUGCAAGAGCUCGACAACCUCCCCGAUGGGCUCAAUGAGAUGCCCUCGGUGAAGAAGGUGCGGGACUGGUAUGCGCAGUCGUUCGAGGAAAUCACAACACUCCCCCGUCCCGACCUGCCAAGGGACGUGAAGGAACGGUUGAUGAAGCCGGCCAAGCUGGCUGGUAGCAAGGGCUCUGCGUGGCUGUCCGAGGCGACGCCGAACCCGAGCAUCGAGGAGGGCCAGUACAAUUCGUGGACAGGCGUCCAGCAGACGUCUCAGGUGGGCAAUGGCUGGGGCAAGAAGUUCCCCGCCACGAGGAGAUACUUCGCCAUGGUCGACGACACGGGCGACUGGCCGCCCGACUUGCAGCUGUACAACAACAGGUUCGCCCAGACGCUGCACAAGAUCAAGAGGAGGCACGACAGCGUCGUGACCACAAUGGCGCAGGGCGUGCUCGAGUACAAGCGCAAGCGCCAACGGAUGCAGAUUGACAAUAAUAUUCAGUCUUUCCUGGACCGCUUCUACAUGUCCCGCAUAGGGAUCCGCAUGCUCAUUGGUCAACACAUAGCACUGACAGACCAGAGCCACUACCGCGAUCCGACGUACGUCGGCAUCAUCUGCACCAAGACGUUCGUCAAGGAUCUUGCGCAAGAGGCCAUAGAGAACGCGCGCUUCGUUUGCGAAGACCACUACGGCCUAUUCGAGGCGCCCAAGAUCCAGCUCGUCUGCAACCCCAACCUUAACUUCAUGUAUGUGCCGGGCCAUCUCUCGCAUAUGCUGUUCGAGACGCUCAAGAAUUCGCUGCGCGCCGUCGUCGAGACGCACGGCCAGGACAAGGAGGAGUUCCCCGUCACAAAGGUGAUUGUGGCCGAGGGCAAGGAGGACAUCACCAUCAAGAUCUCGGACGAGGGCGGCGGCAUCCCACGCAGCGCCAUCCCGCUCGUCUGGACUUAUAUGUAUACCACGGUCGACCGCACCCCGAACCUGGACCCCGACUUUGACAAGAGCGACUUCAAGGCGCCAAUGGCAGGCUUCGGCUACGGCCUGCCCAUAUCGCGUCUGUAUGCGAGGUACUUCGGCGGUGACCUUAAACUGAUUAGCAUGGAAGGAUAUGGGACAGACGUGUACCUGCACUUGAACAGGCUCUCCAGCUCGUUAGAGCCUCUACAAUAG